AUCCCGGCUCGGAGCUCGUCUGGGGAUAUAAAGCUGGCUGAAGGAGCAAAAGUAGCGGCGAGCUGAGCGGGAGAGAAGCACAUUGCGGGAGGCAAGAGCAUCUCCGCACUCCUGCUGCUCGUGUGCCGUGUCUGCAGCCCCCGAGCGCGCCGGGCUGAGCGAGGCGAGAGCGGCUCUCCCGGCGCACGGAGCGAGUCCUGCUCUCCCGAAUGAGCUCUUCCAGAGCAGGAGGAGCAGAGCAGCUUUCCAGAGAUGUUAUCCUGUUUUGUCUGGCUCACCCUCCCCGACUUGGUUAACGCCUUUGUGACCCCAGGAAAGUUGCCCCUCAACGGGAGCCUGGAGAAGACUUUUGUAGUCCCGAACGUGUCGGACUUCUUUUCCUGGGAUAAUGACAGCCUGGCCGACUGGCAGAGCUUUGUGGACAGGAGCCGGUACGGAGCGGAGUCGCAGAGCCCCACGGUGAAAGCCCUGCUCAUCGCGGCGUACUCCUUCAUCAUCGUCUUCGCCCUCUUCGGCAAUGUCCUGGUCUGUCACGUUGUCAUCAAGACGAAGCGUGUGCACUCUGCCACCAGCUUGUUCAUUGUGAACCUGGCUGUAGCCGAUAUCAUGAUCACGCUGCUCAACACACCUUUCACGCUGGCUCGUUUUGUGAACAGUACCUGGAUCUUUGGGAAGGGGAUGUGCCAUGUCAGUAGAUUUGCACAGUACUGCUCCCUCCACGUCUCUGCCUUGACCCUUACAGCCAUUGCUGUGGACAGGCACCAGGUUAUAAUGCACCCACUGAAGCCUCGCAUAUCUACUGGAAAAGGUGUUCUGUACAUCUCUGUAAUCUGGAUCAUGGCAACUUGUUUUUCCCUACCACAUGCUAUCUACCAAAAGCUCUUUACCUUUGAGUACAGUGAGGAUGUCACCCGGUGCCUGUGUCUGCCAGAUUUCCCUGAGCCCGCUGACCUCUUUUGGAAGUACCUUGAUUUAACAACCUUCAUUUUGCUCUACGUCCUGCCCCUUCUGAUCAUCUCCGCCGCCUACGUGACAGUGGCAAAGAAGCUCUGGCUGCGCAACGUCAUCGGGGACGUCACCGUCGAGCAGUACUUUGUCCUUCGCAAGAAGAACAAGAAAACCAUCAAGAUGCUGAUGCUCGUCGUCGUCCUCUUCGCAGUCUGCUGGUUCCCCUUGAAUUGCUACGUCGUGCUCCUCUCCAGCCAGACCAUCCACACCAACAAUGCCCUGUACUUCGCCUUCCACUGGUUUGCAAUGAGCAGCACCUGCUACAACCCCUUCAUCUACUGCUGGCUCAAUGACAGCUUCCGAUCGGAGCUAAAGGCUUUGCUCAACAUGUGCAGAAAAGCUCCCAGGCCCACGGAACAGAGGCUUCCCUCCACAGUCCCAUCCUACCGACUGGCUUGGCCAGAAAAUGGCAACUUCAAGAGGUUGCAGGCUUCCCAUGUCCUUCCACCAUCCUCCACCAUCCAGUCAGGAAAGACAGACAUCUCUGCAGUUGAGCCAAUAGUAGCUGUGAGCUAAACGGUGGCCAUGGACUGCACAUAGAUUUGGCAAGAGCUAAAAAGCUGGGAAGAUGUGGAGCCCUGGCCACACAACAGGUGAUAAAACCAAGAAGGGGGUUCUGCAGGUGGCAGUAUGAAAGAGCUGCAUGUUUGAGGCAGGCUGAUGACAAUGGUGUAGAGGCCCUAGAGGGGAGAAAGUUAAAUCUUCCCAGGAAGGAACUUUCCUCUUUGUCAAGGUGACUUUUGGACUGGCUCACGGGAUGGGGAUCUCUGCAUAUGUGUUUCUGAUUCCUGCAUGACUAAGCCUUUUUAGAACUAGGACUCUGUGUUUUGCUGGUACUUAAAGUACAGACUCACCACAUCAGAUCUCCCUUCCCCUUUCCUGAGUCUUCUCGUAGCAACAUGGAAUUGGUUGAGGUGUAGACCUUUAGGUUGCUGUCUGAGAUCCAGAGCAACUGGGUAGGAAAGCAAUCUUUCUAAACUGGGGUCUGAAAAGUCAAGACCUGCUCUUAAUGAAUGAACAGAUCUAUUCCAUAAUUAUUUUUUUGUGUGUGUGUUUAAAUACGCUUACAGAUAUUGAAAUUACAAUAGACGUUGAUAAAUAGGAGCCUCUUACAUCACAGGCACUUUUUCUAAGAUAGAUUUAAAGAAAAGUGGAUGCCUAUUCUUCAAGUAAGUACAUGUUUUUCUUCAAAUAGAUAACUAAACCCAAAAAACAUACAAAAAGUUGGACAUAACAUUCACAGUUGGAGAAUGGAAAAUUAAGUGCUAUUGUGGGUUUGGACUAGAACCUUUUAUCAAAACAUCUAUUCAUCAUUGUCAAGUUUCAGCUAGAGGAUCACACAAUUUGAAUUUUUAACUUGUCUUUGAAUGUUGUUUUCUUAGCCUGUAAAGCUCCUGUGUACUAGGGAAAAUAUAUUUUCAUGAGGGCACUGGCAUUGUGCCAGCAUCAAACCAUGACAAUUUGUCACUUCAGACAUUUGGAACAUUUAAUUCCAACUGGGAUGUUAGCUCUCUGGAACCAGUUCAUAAAUUAACUGCUUUGAGAGAAGAGAUGGUAUCUCUGAUAGCAAGUAAUAAAAAUGGAACCUUUGUCUGCAACUUAUCCUCUGGUUGUACAAUUUUGGUGCAUUUAAGGAUAGCUGAGAUGUGUCCUAUUUGGAGUGGCUAAGAAAAUUCAUGACUGACAAGUGUCUGAAGUAGAUUUCAGAACUUAAUGUUCUCAGCAGAAGAAAAUAUGGGUUUGAAUAACAAAAAAAAAUGGUGUUCCAAAACUUGUACCUUCUAUUGCACAGAAAAACAAUACUUCCUUGUGCUGUGGAAAUUAGCUUGAACAUCACACUGGGAUGACCCAUUCCACAUUUAACUGGCAGCAUUCAACAGUGAAGUGAGGAAAAUCUUAU